AUGCCUUUCACCGCAAGCGACAUCCUCAAGAUCAUCUUCGCCAUUUUCCUCCCGCCGCUGGGUGUCUUCCUCGAGCGCGGUUGCAAUGCCGAUUUCUUCAUCAACAUUCUGUUGACCAUCCUGGGCUACAUCCCCGGUAUCAUCCACGCGCUGUACAUUAUUUUGAAGUUCUAG